CCUUCAUGAAUAGGAAAGUGAAAGAAUCUGUAUAAAGCAGUCCACCAGUUCUGUCACGAGUAGUGCUGUGGAGGAACUGGCUGUAGAGCAAAUUUGCAGAAUUGACAGGAAUACAUAGAAAGCAGGAGCCAUGCCGCUAGUGGGUCCUUCACCAAAGCCAGGCGACUUGAUUGAAUUUUAUCGCACUCUUUAUCAGCACUGGGGAAUAUAUGUUGGAGAGGGCUAUGUUGUCCAUUUAACAGAUCAGGAAGGCUGGUCUAGCCUGUCAUCUGCAUUUGGGGCCUCUGCAGUUGUCAGAAAAGAUCGUCUAGAGGAUGUUGCAUAUGGAUGCAGUUAUAAGGUUAAUAACAAAUAUGAUGAGAAAAUCCAGCCAUACCCUCGUGAAAAGGUGGUGCGGGCAGCACUAAGGCUGGUGGGUCAGACCAUGCCAUACAGUUUGACCAGUGGCAACUGUGAACACUUUUCAACAGAACUGCGAUAUGGAAAAGGUUUCUCUGAUCAGGUAGAUAAUGCUGUAUGGUACUCAACUGCGGCAGCCGCAGGAGGAGUCCUUGUUGCUGCUGCAGCACUCUCCACCACAGCUAUUACAAGAAGCAGAAGACAAAAUCAAUGAAAACAAGAUAAAUGAGCAGUUUGUGUGGGGUGCUUUAGAAAUGAAAAUUUAUAUAUAAUGUAUAGGCUACUUUCACACUUGUGGUAGCCUUUUCCGGCAGGCUGUUCCAGCAGGGGAACAGCCUGCCGGAUCCGUGCUACCGCAAUUCCACUCCGGCCCCAUACACUAUAAUGGGGGCGGGCCGGAGGUCUUGCAGUAGCACGGAUCAGGCAGGCUGUUUCCCUCGCCAGAACAGCCUGCCGGAAAAGGCUACCGCAAGUGUGAAAGUAGCCAUAUAUGUGUAUCAUCAGCAUUGGGUUUGUAUGUCCUUCCUAUUUUGUAAAGACAUUAAAACUUGUGCAUG